CCAGCAAGUAGAGCCCUGAACUGCUCCGCCUCGCCCUCCUCCUCCUCUCUGCUGGACACCAGGCUCACGGGAUCCGCCGCACCAUGAAAGGUCUCCGGGCCUUCACGAUAACCUACGUCCUCACGCUGUUGCUGCUGGCGUCCUUCAUCUCCCAGUCGUGGAGCGCCCCGAAGGGCUCUUUCCAGCGGAGGAACUGGACCCCGCAGGCGAUGCUGUACCUCAAGGGCACUCAGGGCCGAAGGUUCAUUUCAGAGGACCGAAAAGAAGGAGACGUCUAUGACACAUUACACCUAGAGACCCGCAGUCAGAACACAGAGAAGCUGAGCGUGGACCAGGCCGCCACCGUCCUGCUCCACUUCCUGCAGCAGGCCAGAGAGGGAGCCGAUGAAAACCCAGAUGACGUGUAUUUCCAGGAUCUGCCGGUGUGGAAGAGAGAAUACUUCUGAUCUGCAGCUGUUU